AUGAAAGUAGCGAAACAGGCUAACAGAGCCAACUUCCAGCUAGAGAUCCAGAGAGGGACUCUGAGGGGUUAUAGUGCUGUCAUUGUCAUCAUAAUGAACGGCAGUUGCAGUGGUGCCUACUGCCCAGAGAAGGAGAGUGGGCCAGAGCUGGGGGGCAGUGAGGGCGCACUGAUGCGCUGCGGGCAGAGUCUGGCGGUGCCGGUGCCACCAGGGAGCCAGCCAGGUCCAGUGGGUCAUUACCACAGUGUCCACUGUGAGCGGCCCACACCCACACACAACCUUCAUCUGCAGGAUAGCCAGCAGCAGCAGGCUGAAGCCAGGUCCUCUGCCUUCCAGAGAUCCCUGGCCUCUCCCGACCCAGGCUGCGGAAGCUCCAACGGGGCCAGGGCACUUCCUCUCUCCUAUCCCAUCAAACAGGAGGCAUCCAUGGGCUACAACAUCUCACAGGGACCAGGGGUCCCCACCACAAUCCAGGGUGCCUUCCAGAACAGCAGGGGAAACAUGGGGGUCCGGCGGGGGGAGAUGGAGGGACCUCUCGGUGGAAGCGGCGGCGGCAGUGGCUUAGGCAGUGCUCUAUCGGCAGACUCGGCGUACCCGUUUAAUAAUGAAGAUGGCUCCUCCCCGCUGUCUUUGUCCCCAAGCGGCUCCCGUCAUUCAGCGAGGCUGCUCACUACUAGCAGCCUGAAGAGACGCUGCCUGUCCCUGGCUUCCCAGUCCGCCGCUGCCAGCAGUAACGCUAGCGCCGUCGCGAACGCCGUCACCGCCGCCACCGAGGGGAUCGAUAUCACUGCCAUUAUCUGCUCCUCCCAGAUGUCCGUGGUGGCCUGUGUCAACGGGCUCCGGACAAACCCCUCACCCCAGCCCAGCGGCGGCUUCUCCUCCCGGGCUGGCCCCCACAAGCCCCCACCCCCCCAGCAGUGCAGCAGCCCCCAGCAGCCCCUCUCGCAGGAGAGUUGUCAGCUGCCCUCGCCUGCCGCCUGCCUGCUGUCCCUCUCCUCGGGCUCCUCCUUGGGCUCCUCCUCCUCCUCCGUGUCGUCUCUGGACCCGGAGCAGCAGAACCAGGGACUGUGUGAGGAGCCCGGCUCCAUGCACCCGGGGGGUGGAGGAGGAGGAGGAGGAGGAGCAGGCGCCGAUGGGCUGAGUCUGCUGAUGAGUGGGGCCCUGAUGACGGGAGGCCUGCUUGGGAACGUGUCUAUGCUGGAGGGCUGUCAGAGGGCUGGUGGAGGAGCUCUGAAACAGGAGCCUCUAGAUGACUUCUCUCCCAGCGAGGAGGAGCUCUUUCAGCACCACUACCACCAUCACCACCAUUAUAACCACCUGACUGGCCGCACUGCUGCCAGCCACCUCCGUCCUCAUCCCCACCACCCUGCCCCCCCGCGGCCCUCCAUGCCCCCACCCUACCACCUGCACCAGUACGGGGGCCCAAGCCCGGGGGGCUUGUUGCACCUCCAGAACCAGCCCACAUCAUCUUCAUCCUCUGUCCUCUCGAGCCUCAAGACAUCAAGCCCCGUCGGGGGAGAGGACGGUGGGCCGCUCAGCGACAAGCAGGUUUGCCGCUGGAUUGACUGCAGUGUGGCGUACGAGCAGCAGGAGGAGCUGGUGAGGCACAUCGAGAAGGUGCACAUCGACCAGCGUAAAGGGGAGGAUUUCACCUGCUUCUGGGCCGGCUGCAUCCGCCGCUACAAGCCCUUCAACGCCCGCUACAAACUCCUCAUCCACAUGAGGGUCCACUCGGGAGAGAAGCCCAACAAGUGUAUGUUUGAGGGCUGCACCAAGGCCUUUUCCCGCCUGGAGAACCUGAAGAUCCACCUACGGAGCCACACGGGGGAGAAGCCCUACCUGUGCCAGCACCCCGGCUGCCAGAAAGCUUUCAGCAACUCCAGCGACCGGGCCAAGCACCAGCGCACUCACCUGGACACGAAACCGUACGCAUGUCAGAUCCCUGGAUGCACCAAGCGCUACACCGACCCCAGCUCCCUACGCAAACAUGUCAAGAUCCACUCGGCCAAAGAGCAACAGGUGCGUAGAAAGCUGAGGCCCUGCCCCCACCUGGAGCAGGACAUCCUGAGUGAGUGUCUGUCUGUGCACCACCUGCAGGGCUCUGCCCCCUCUCAGCACCCCCCGGGACUGGGCCAGGACAUCUUCACAGGCCUGUACACUGGCUCCAGCGCUCCCCAUCAUGGUGUCUCAGUGGAGCUCCUCUCCCCAGGACCAGCCCCCACCCCUGGCUCAGCCUCCGCCCCUGACCCGUCCCCCAGGCAGCCCCGUCUGGACCGGGACCUGAGCAGCCCGCAUCAUCUGUCCACUCUGUCCACCAUGGAGAGCACACGUCCAUUCGAGUCCCAGCUGGGGGUUACAGAGUACUCCCGAUGA